AUGCCACGCGGCAGCGCACUGUUGACGUUGCUCCGCGUCAUGACCGUUUGCCUGCACACGGUCAGAAUACACGUCUGCAUGCUAUGGCUUACGACGAUCAUGAAGAGAUCAGCCAUCGCCCGCCGCACUAUCGCCAUCGAACUCCUUCGACGGCUGGACCAGAUAGAAGGCGACACGCGCCGCUCAUGUCUCACGCCUCCGCCGCACCCUCGUUCUGCAGAUGCCGUACAUGAAGACAAGCACCUCACAUCCAUGAAAUUCGGUUGCCGAGCUCGCCGGCCCAGUUUUUCUACGACCGAUCUACAGUUCUCGCCUCGCAAGCAGAAUGGCUGUACAGAAAUAUCGUCAAACAGCCUUGCUAGUCCUGAUGGUAUUGGCCCCGCCAAGCUUGUCAUGUCCGACGCAUUCGCAUGCUCUAUGAAACAGAAACUUAUCGAGACAGGCUCGAUACAAGCGUACAGCUCUCGAGAUGCUUGGUCCGAUACAUGGCGUAGGAAUCCUCAAGACUCCAGUGGACCCCAGAGACGAGCAGAGCAAAACAUAUGGACCAGCGCUGCUGGUGCAGAGCCAACGCCGCCUGCAACCCCCUCGACGUAUGACACGCUGCUGGCCGGCUUUGAGGCAUCGGGUUCCGAUGUUACAUUUGCGGAAGGGUGCCGUUCAUCGUCUCCGCUGUCUGGCAUGUGGGAUUUCGACCUUAACCAGGAUACAACCGAAGGCGCUAAGGAGGGCGAUGUUGGUAACUCUGAUCAGACCCGAGUGGAUAUCUUCGAUAGAAUAUUCAGUGUUGUUGACGAGCACCGCCGUUCACGAAAUCACCGGAAGAGCUCAGUCAACGCUGGAUCCAAUACUGCCAAGACAUCACCGGCAACUCUUCGAGCGCAAAGCAGAACCAACGGAGGGUUAUUGGAGUUUAGAGCAAGCGCUACAAAGCCGAAAGGUCCAAAGCCUACUCGCACACACCGGCGCCAUAUGCCUUUACACCUUCCAGUCCGACCGAUCUCGCCCCAGCCUAGAAAUGUACAGCUUGCUUCACCUCCACCUCCGCCGUCUACUACGAGCAUGAUCGCGCCGACAUCCAGCUCAAGUCACACGAGAAUAGACCCGCAGACCGAGCAAGAACUGCAAUACAAGCACCGCCACAUAUUCGUCGGAACAGCUUCGCUCUACGGCUUCCUCGAAGUACUCGAGACCUCAUCAUCAGGCACAACAUCCGCGUCAGCUAUCAUGAAAGCCUUUACGAUCCUGGCCUCAAACGAGCAAAUCCUUUUUCGCCAGGCAUCCUCGAGCACAGACGACUGGCACCUAGUCACUCGCAUCACACCAGACAUGUCAACAUUCGACUGCAUCGCCUUGGCUAGAGUACAGCUGGGUUCUGUCUCGCUUCAGCGGUUUGUCGAUCUUGUGCCGUUUGAUGCUCACGGCGAGGCGUCGACUGUACUUGUCGUCGACGCUUUCAAGGUUGCCAGCCACAUGGACGCAGAGGCGGGUCUUCACCCCUGUAGAAAGGCGCAGGCAUUCAGGAUGGCGGUAUCAGAGCAAGCUGAUCCGCUGGACUAG